CACGAAGUCAAGGAAAAAAAAUCCUACACCCCCCCCACCUUCGCUGUGGCAUCGCCAUCAGCCAUCCCUAACCAGUAAUACGAUGUCGCGUGCCACGAUCGUCAUCCUCUUCUCCAUCCUCGCUUUUGCCGUCAUUAGUGAGGCGGCACAAGCCCCAGCAGAGUCGCCAAGGGCAUCAAAUGGCGCCACCCCUGCCAAGGCACCGGCUACUAUCGCACCGGCACCGAGGAAGGCCGGACCACCACCCACCGCCGCCACCGCACCGACCACUAAGAGCUCUGAGGCACCUGUGGUUGCUGGGAGCGAGGCAUCCAGCCCCCCUGAGCCAUCUGCUGCCGUGGCAGGCCCCACCCCCGAUGGACCUGCUGCUGAUGUGGCCGACGCCGAUAACUCAGGUGCUGCUGCUCUCCGAACCGGUGCUGCCAUCGCCGGCGUAGCUACUGCCGUUGCCACAAUCAUCUUCUACUAAGAUGCCAUACAGGGAAACGUGGAGUGUCCUGAUGAGACGUUAAGGUGGACAACAAAAGGACGCAUUACUCAUCGGGAGGGACACAAUAUUUCUUGAUUUUGUUCAUUUCACUUGCUUGUGCAAACAUUUGGGGUCGACUAUUCAGCUAUUGAAUGCAUUUGACUGAUAACUGAUUUUUAUUGUGACGUGGCUGAUGGAUUUUUGCAUUA